UCAAUUCAUAAGCUCGCAAACAUAUGUAAUGAAGUACAAUCUCUGUCAGAAACUGUGGAUAUGGAGUCUAAACCUUUCUCCAAGAAAAAGGGUACCACUCCACCACUUUGGGUCACCCACUUUAAUUGCCAUUUCAUCUUUGGUAACCCUAAGCCUAUCAAUAUCAGAAAAAACCAGACUAAAGACUAAACUAUGGGUUCUCUGAAGAAGGAGAGGUUAACCUCUACCUCUAACACUGCCAACUCUAAUACUGCUAAUAUGAAUAAGAAGCAGAGUUGCACCAAUCCUGGUUGCUUCUUUUGCUCCAUGAAAGAGCAAAACUUGUCACUGAGGCGAGCUGGAAUAGGCAGUUGUUUCAAGGAAAUGCCAGUCAAAGACAGUCAAGAACACGUUCUGGUGCUUAGUGGUCUAUGGAACAUUGCUAUGACACAGCCAGAUGAUCCAGAGUUCCCAUCCCUCGGCAUCUUCGAUUGCAUGGCAAGGUUGAUCCAAAAAGGUAUUAAUGAUAGAAGUUGGCUUCUUAGGGAUGAAAACAUAUAUGUCCCUUAUUAUGCAGCUCAUGUAAUCGGCUCUUACACUAUGAACAAAGUUGAGUUUGCAGAGAAAGCUGUUGAAUCAGGUGUCAUACCACCAUUAAUGGAGCUUUUACGAGGAAAGAUUAGUUGGGUGGAGCAAAGAGUAGCGGUUAGAGCACUUGGUCAUCUGGCAAGCUAUGAAAGAACCUUUGCAGCAGUAGCAGCGUACGAACGAGAGGUAGUGCAAUUAACCAUAAAGCUAGCUUCUACUUGUCUUGAUGCGGUGUUUGCUAAUUUUGUUGGGGUGAAGGAUGUAGAGAAGAGGUUGAAGUAUCAUAGUAACUUGCUUACAAGAGGAGUUGGAGGGCUAGACAUGGAGAACAGAAAGGCGGAGGAGUGGGCCAGCCAAAUUCAAUGCUGGUCUCUUUAUCUUUUAAAUUGCUUUGCUUGCAAAGAGAGGUGUUUAGAUCUCAUUUGCAGGCAAGAAUUUUUAAAAUAUUUGUGUGGAAUGUGUGGUGGAUUGGUGAAUCAUUCAUCACCUGCAGGAGUUGGACUCAUUAGAAUAUUGUGCUACAGUAAAAAUGGCAGAAAGAGCAUUGCUGAAUCAAAAGAAGUUAUAAACAAUAUAUGCAAUCUCUCGAGAUCUUCAGAUGAUUGGCAGUACAUGGGCAUCGAUUGUCUUCUGUUACUUCUCAAAGAUCAAGAUACCAGGUAUAAAGUCAUAGAAAUUACCACCUUGUUUCUUGUAGAUUUGGUUGAACUUAAAAGCCUUGGCGAUAGAUUAAAUGUGGGUGAAGCAAUAACAAAAGCACUUCUUUUAGACUAUAAACAAAUCAAGUUGAAGGUAAAGAACAAAAAUGUUCUAAAUGUGUUACAAGAAAUGUGGAAUUUGAAAGUAGAGAGGAGAAGAAGAGAGAAAUUAAUGCUGUCAGAAGAAAAGGCUGAGGAAAGGAGAGUUUUGGUGGGAUUAAUAAAGCAACAAGGAAACCACAUGUUUUGGUUAGGAAAUAUAGAAGAAGCAUUAGUGAAGUAUACUGAAGCACUAGCUAUGUGCCCGCUAAGGUUGAGAAAGGAAAGAAUGGUCCUUCAUAGUAAUAGAGCUCAGUGUCACUUGCUGCUAAGAGACCCAGAUGCAGCCAUUAGUGACUCAACUCGAGCUCUUUGCCUAUCCAACCCAGCAAACUCUCAUAGCAAAAGCCUUUGGAGGAGAUCACAGGCGUAUGACAUGAAAGGGUUAGCUAAAGAGAGCUUGAUGGACUGUAUAAUGUUUAUCAAUGGCUGCAUCAGAACUGAAACAAGCAAACACUUGAAAAUCCCAUACUUUGCAGCACGUAUGAUCAGCAAACAGACGGAAGCAACGUGGCUAUUUGCGGGUGCCAAGUCAAGGGCAUCAAUAAGUCAAGUGGAUCAAGCAGUACAAGAAUUGGAUGGUGAUCAUGACUUGCAGAAAUAUGAGGAAAUAAUGAAAAUUAGGAUGAAGAAAAAAGGUUUCAUAUCUCUGGUCUGUCAACCAUAAUGGAAGAGCCGCUCGUGGGAAAAGAGGUGAGCAAAAGAAAGCUGGGGAGGCGGCCAAGAAGGCGGAAAAAUCUGGUUAUUGUGGCCAUGGCAAGGCUUGUGGUGGGUACUUUAGGUUUUGGCCUUCUGUUUAGCCUUAUAGAAGUUGGGAUUUGGACCAUCAUGUUGAUUUUACAAUUAAGUUGGAGAAUGAAAUUAGGGAAUAUUACUAAUUUCUGAAAUUUUAUUCUCCGCGCACCUCACAAGCAAA